UGCCAUUCACUAUUCACUGCUGCAUCAAUCUAUUUACCAAGAUGGCCACCUUAGAGAAAUGUUUGGGCCCAGAGGGGGCCGAGUUGUACAAACAAGCGCGAUUCCUGGCUGAAGAAGAGUCAAAGAAAGACCCAGAAGAAGAACCUUUUCGUUCAAAGUACAAAGCCCGUGAAUUGUAUGAUGAAAUCAAUAGAAAGGUGCUUGAUAAACUUUCAGUUGAGAGAGGCGAUGAAACUAACAAAAGGGCUUUUUUGGCGUUGUCGCUCUGUUUGGAACUCAACAUUGGAAUCUUACACAUGGAUACAGAGGAACUAGCUGAAGGAGAGGACAAGUUCAUGUCCUGUUUGAAGCGAAUUGAGGAAGAUGAAUUUCAAGGGGCAGUAAGUCUUCACAUCAAUGUCUUGAAUCAUCUGGGUAUAUUAUGGACUGGAAGAAAUAGUCUUGACAAAGCUCUCGAGUUCCUUGUGUCUGCUGAAAAACGAUACCAUAGUUACAAACAGAAUGUUGGAGGGGUGCCUCAGUCCUUCCUUGAGCAUCUAAGAGCAUUUGAUGGAAAUGAAGACAGUGUUGCACAGCAGAGAUCUGCGUCUUUUGAGAGUCUUCAUACUCAUACAUUAUACUAUCUGGCUCAGGUGUAUGCCAAGCAAGAAAAGAGCAGCUUAUCAGCUCAUUAUUGUCUCAUGACGUUGCACAGACAGCUCGCCGCAGGGGACUACAAUCCAGUGGAUUGGGGUCUUAACGCUGCUACCCUUUCCCAGUACUUUUUAACUGCUGAAAAGUUCAUGGAGUCUAGACACUGUCUUGCAAGUGGGUCACUGAUAUAUGAAAAUUCUUUAAAAAAUGUUCAAGAACUCUCAGAGGAUGAAAAUGAUUUGCAGAGUCAGAGAAGUGCUGAUAUUGAUCGUUGCUGGAUCAAAUAUGGGCUGGCUUUGUUAGAGGUUUCAAGGGACAAGAUGCUUAGUGAGCUGGAAGAUAUGGAAGAACCAUCAGUUGAUGUUUUUGGUUAUCCUAAGAAUAAGAAUGACCACAAUUCUGACAAACAAACAGACCCCACUUCUGACAAACAAACAGAAUCUAACACAGAAGUAAAAAGUUCAGAAAAAGAUUUUGAAACCUUUGAUUUGGAAUUAACUGUUUAUGAAGAACAGGUUACUGACAAGUUAGUUCGAAUUUUUGAUGAUGCCCGAAAAGUUUUUCUAUUCAUUGUUGGAAAGAUCAAGAGUGCGAUUACAUAUUAUAGCUUAGAUGGACAUGCGUCUGAUGCUGUUGAGAUCACCCAAGAUCACAGCAAAGCAUACAAGUUGUUGGCUUUCUUUGAACUUGACUUCAGACGGCAGUGCCAGAUGCACAAACGUCGUGUGGAUAUGUUGUCGGAGCUUCUCAGUGAGCUCAAUCCUCAGUAUUAUCUGUUGGUGAAUAGACAACUUAUGUAUGAGAUUGCAGAAACUUACAGUACUAUGGUGGAUCUGAAAGUCACUGCCAUUGAAUUGUCAAGGACUCAAGCGACUCCUUAUAAUACCAGUAAAAUCAAUAAGUUAGUUCAACAGAGUAUUGACAAAUAUCAAGAGUACAUUGACUCCUUGAAAGGAGGGAAGCCAGAACUGCCGCCAGAGUUUCCGGAAGGUGAUGUACGCCCGGCACUCGUUGCUUUUUUUUGCAUGGGCCGAUUAUACACAAAGUUCUUGGAACCAAACGUUCCUCAGAGAUUGGCACUUAUGGCCAAAAGCUUAGCGUGUUACAAGUUUGUAGUGGAUUAUUGUGCAGCAAAUGAGAGUGCUGUCGAAUUGGUAAAAUCUGAAAUUGACAUAUGCAAGGAAAUGGUAAAUCUUGUGCCUCUCAAAAUGGAGCGUUUACGAAGUCAGCAGGAAUCUUGAACUGUAAAGGAAGGUUGACCACCUUUUUUUCUUCUAGAUCACUUCAUCAUGAAUUGGUGUCAUAUGAUAUGUUUAGAGUUAUUAGCGUAGGUUGUCUUUCAAUGUGAUGCUGUGUACAGAGAAGUCCAGUAGAAAGAAAUAAUGAGAUUUUUUCCUGAAAAGGGUUGCUUCUUUAAAAUGAACAUUCUUUUUGGUCCUUAUUUGUAUUGAGUGUAUUUGAAAUCUAGGAGAGGGUGUUUUGGGCAUGAGUUUACAAUGAAAGUUUUAACCCCUUUGUUGCCUUAUAUUAUGACGUACCUGGUACGUCAUGGAAAAAAAUGUGUAAUUUUUUGCUGUGUGACGUACCAAGUAGCCUAUGUACUGCAAGUUGGCAAAAUUUGCUGCUCUCGGUUGCCAAUAUGAUGUUACAUGUAUGGCACACUUUGGCUCUAAUUCUACAGUACGGAGUCUUAGCCACAAAAGCACUUGGUGGAUUCAUUUUUGGGAAUAAAAGAUGCGCGUAUUGGUACAAAAUUUGCUGGCUUUGCAAGCGAUAUAAACACAGAUCUAGGUUUGCGGUCAGCCAUGUUCUCUCGCAGAAAAACAUAAACCAAAAUGACUUAAAAA